AUUUCAUUGAGCAACAAACUUUGUCACCAUGGAUGUCCACAGCAACGAUAAAAGAUGGCUUGUGACUCUUGUUGCCUCAAAUAAGGUCGUGGCCCCAGUUUUACAGGACAUCGUAAAACAAGGAAUGGAAAAGCUGUAUGCUGCCCUGGAUAAUUGCCUUAAUGGCUUACCGACACCUUGCGGUUUACAAACACUGACCCAUGCGGAGGUAUGCCACCUGGCAGCCAUCCCAAGUCUCGCUUCUUCAUUUAAAGACCUAAAUUUUGGAAAUAUUAACAACAAUUCUGGUAUCCAUGGUAAGAGCAAAGGGGUCUACAACUACAAUGUAAGCAGUCCAGUUGAUCUUGCUAAGCUGUACCUCCCCUGCUACCUUACGGUAUUCUCGGCAUUUGACAAAUCUAUGGAUUUGAGUGCCGCUCUUAGACUUUUGGGAUAUAGGAAGUAUCCCAUUCAAAUAUUCGCGUCUUCUGACCCUUUGCACGAUAUUCAGUCACUGGCAGAUGAUGUCAGAGUGAAUGUCAGGAAUCGGGGAAGUCAUUUUAACGAGAGUGACUGGACCCAAAUCGUUUUUGACCAGUGCUUUGACAAGUUAAGGGCUCUGCUUCAAUGUCUGUCCCUGCUUCCCGACAAAAAAAAGGAGCUUUUGGAUGAACUUUCUGCAUGGAAAACAGAAGGUUUCAAGCGGGUUGUUGACAAUGAUGUUAAAGAUCUACUGGAAAAGUUCCAAAACGUCAAACUUGCUUCAAUUCAUGACAAAUUGGACGACAUGCCAACUAAGGAUGAGAACGAAAGAGUGAUAACAAAGCUGUUUUCCUUUCACACCAGUAUGAUGGACAGAUUAGAUAGAAUGGAAUCCAGAAUGGAAUCCUUUUUUCGAAACUUUGGGCACAGGUUAGACGGCAGCAGGGUCAGUGCUCUAAAUCAAGAAAGUAGCAGGAGAGUUCACAAUACAGAAUCCAGUGUUCUAUCCACAGACGCAACUUCCACAGAAACAUGUAACAUGAACGAAAAGUACAAGAACCCAGAAUCGACCUGCAAGCUAAGAGCUAAAGUUGCCAAAUUAUCAAGACGAACACUACACAAAGCUGCAAUCGGCGGUCGAUGUGAUGUUGUUCAGUUACUUCUUGAAAUUGGUGAAGAUGUGGACACAAUGGAUGAGUUUAAGCUGACGCCCCUUCACCUUGCCGCAUGGUACGGGCAAAGAGCUGUUGUAGACCUCUUGUUAAAGCACGGUGCAAAUGUCAAUGCCGUAGAUAGGUUUCAAAAAACAGCGCUACAAAAAGCUGAACGGAACAAUCACCGAUCCAUUGUUCAGUUGCUUCUGAGGAAUAAUGCAAGUCCCAGUUACAACCAACCGCUUAGCCUAAAGUCCCUUUCACAAAAAGCUUUUCUGCACGUAGAUGCACGAUCCGGUUUCAAUCGACUUCAGGCGGCUGUAUUUCAUGGCGACUAUGACACGGUUUUGAAAGCUCUUUCCUAUCUCAGCGGUAAUGCUCAAGAAAUGUUCUUAAAAAAAACAGGAAGCCAAGCAAAGGCUUUUCCAGGAAAAAACGUACCAGAAAUUAUUUCAGCUCUGCAAGAAAAAGGAGAACGAAAUGUUCACAUAGAAAACAGAUACAAAGACUACGUUGAGAUAAUUGAUACAAUAAGUGAGCUGCACUUUUGCGAAUCCAGCGAUGAUGCGGAGAGGGCUGUGGAGAUUGUUCUAAACGAGGGUGUAGAUAUCAAUGUACCGGGAAAAAACAACCGCACACCUUUGUUGUGGGCAAGUCUAUCAUCCUCUGGUGAGUUUAUCCAGACCCUCAUUGAUCUUGGAGCUGACGUAAAUGCUCAGAGGAUAAACGACAAGAUUACACCUUUAAUGUUAGCAGCUCGUUGGAACAACUACACCGCCACUGACAUCCUGCUGAGGCAUGGGGCUAAAAUUAACUCCCAAGAUGUCUAUGGGUGGACCCCGCUUUAUUCGGCAGUUAGGAAAAAAAAUGAACACAUAGUUAAAUGUCUCAUUGAAAGCAAUCCUGAUGUGAAUGUGAAAUACAAAGAGAAUGCAAGUGAUAGAAUUCAACUUGUUCGAGGGACGGACAGAGGAAUUCAAGCCUGGCAUUAUGUCUUAGUAGAGAAAGCCUUAUUGCCCCUGUUCUUGAGGCGGACUCAAGGUGGCCCUAUCGACGUUGCCGACUUUGGACUCAUCCUCAUGAGUGGAUGGGGAAAGGAUCCACCAGAGAACGUAAGGCAAAGUAUCCGUGAAAUGGGUCAUACAUUUCCUGACACACAAAGUCACACCGUUCUUCAUGUUGCUAGCAAAAGUGCUGGUCCCAAGAUUAUAGAGCUAAUGGUAAAUUGCAAAGCAGAUAUGAACGCCUGCGACAUGGACGGAUUCACACCGCUGCAUUUGGCAGCGAUACAUGGUAACAUUCAAGUUGUUAAAAAGCUGGUUGAACUCGACGCCGAUAUUGAGUUGAAAGUGGAUGGAAAGGAUGCAGCUGACUUGGCUCAAAUGAACGAGGAAACAGACAUUGAGGAGUAUCUUAAGCAUAAAAGAAGCCUUCCCCUAAGAGACUCGCAAGGUCAAUCGGUGGAAAGUCGAUUGCCAGAAAGUCAAUCGGUGGAAAGUCAGACAGCGGAAAGUCAAUCGGCGGAAGAUCAACCGGCAGGAAAUCAAUCGGUUUUAAAAGGCGCCAUAAAAGGAGUUCUCGAACAAGGCUUGAAGUUCAUCGAUGAAAAUUUUAGUUAACUUAAUUUCCCGUUCACAACUAUGUGAGACUUCCAAUUAUACGGUUUUUGCUUUGGAAAUUGUAAGCGCAAAUCAGAAUUGCUUGCGAAGCACAAUCUUCGACUAAGAAUCCGGUAAUAUGAUCAUUCAUGGCUGCAUGGCACUAUCACUACCUCUAGUUUUCCCAAAAAGUCAUCUAAUUUUUUUUUUUCAAGUUUGGUCGAUGAAUGAUAAAUUGCGUUUUGAAAACGUUUAAGCCAUUUUUUAAAAACGUGGAUUGGGUCAAUGGAAAAUGACUGGACGUGUGAAAAUCGUGUGGACAGGUAUAUAUAGGCUAGGCAUAUGCCUCUCUAAGAAUUCUCUAAGUAUACAUAAGCAAAAAAUUAAAGCCAAAAACAUAAAUAUUAAAAUAUAGAUAUUCGUGCACAGUUCUAGUGAAACGAAAGAGACAAAGAAUAAUUUGAGCAUUAUUUCUUUUUAAAGUUUAAAUUAGCACUCUCAUUAAAGUUCUUACUCAGUGCAUGUAUAUCUUUUUGCGGUGUCUGUGAUUGAGAAAAUUUUUUGCAAUUGCUCUUCCCACUAUAAAAGAGUUCAUCAGAACCCAUAGAAACCAGAACAAACGUAAUUACAGUGCUCCAUCGGAACAAGGAAAACAUCCAAGCGAACCAAUCACAUCCCAAAGUAAAUACAUGUAAGACCAAAAGGACUGGAAACGUGGCUAACCAAUUCGUGAUUGGUUUCUGCUUUGCAUCUGAUUGACUGAGACGAAAGAGACAUGUGGGAAGAUAAAAUUGAAAUAGCUGAACUUAAGCUCGGGUCUUGCAGAGUGAGCACUUGGAAUGUGACUCAGGUAAGUUAGUGUCCAUAAACUACUUUAUGUUGUAAUGAUUCUCCUAAAUCCAUAAUUUUAUUACUCUGUUUUUUUACAAAGCCUCUUUUACAUCUCUUACAUCUGUGUGUGCGUUACACAAGAAAACUUAACGGGAUUAUUAUACAGCAAUAUUUUGUUUGCUGUCUUUAUCGUACAUUUCUGGUUAUGUCUCAAUUGAUAUGGUUUAAAAUAUAUUUAUGCUUUCAAAUAUUAAAAUAAAAUAAUGUGAUGAAAAUCUGUUCUUCUGAAACACAUACAAUAUUGCUGGUAACCAAUGUCUUUAAUUUUGUAAAUUAUCGCGGGAAACAUUUUUCUUUGAAAGUGGAGAUACAUAAGUUUUCAAAGCUGCAUGAGAUAAAAAUGAGAUUUUUUUAAAACCUCUCAUAAUUCAUGCUGAAUACAAUACUUGUAAAUUUUACAACAAUUUCAAACUGCUAAUUCGAAAACUUUGAGCAGGUUGCUUAUUUCAGCCUCGUAAAGAACACUUAAAAUAGUGGUAAUCUGUUUGCAAUUAAUUAAAUGCAAAUUUUCAACAAUCAUGCUCUAAUGCUUGACAUGCUUUACUCUUACAUUUCAGUUUUGUAUACUUACAGCACCAUAAUAGAGGUGUCUUCAAAGGGUAUAUAUUUUUUUAAGCCGUUGUACUCUGUAAAUCUUUGUCGCCCAAAACUUACUGAAAGCAGUGAACUAAAAAUUUUGCACACACAAGGCUUUCUCUGAGGUGGAAAAAGAUAAUGUUGUUUACCAGGCACUUGUACUUACCGCAAUGAUUUAAUCAUGCAAUACUCUACAUGUAAACUAUAUUAAAACUGAUUAUAUGAGGUCUUUUGUCACCAUGUACGUUUUAUUUACCCCUCAUAUUUCUUAGCAAAAAUAAUUAAGACUGUUAGAAAAGCAAACAAACAAUUGAACACAAAACAGAAAUUCGGGAAAUUACAAACUUUACCAGCUGAUAGAGAAAGAGAGCACAGUGUCCCAACUACAUGUUAUUUCAUCCAGUGCACUGUGCCUUUCACGUUUUUGAUCAAAUAAGAUUUAAUCAGAAGUAGAAUUUGUCAAUAAUGUGUCAAAUUACUAGACUAAGCGUGGACUUGAUUCUUCUCAGAUUUCAGUUAAUAAAAGAUUGCCUCUGA